ACUUUAUUUUUAUUCAAUGAUGGAGCAUGCAGCAUUUGAAAAGUCAUGCCCUCUAAUUUUCAUACUCCAACCAAUAGUAGUAGUACCCCUCCUAUAAAUCUCAUAUAGUGGGGGUAGUUGAUCAAAAUAAUAUAUUAGCUUCUUCUUCAUCAAAUUUACACACACACAAAAAAAAAAAAAAAAAAAAAAAAAAAUCAAGAACUGCAGAAAAUCGAUAUAUUUGUUAGUCAUGUUGAUCAAGGUAUACUUCAAUCCUCAAACCCUUGUCCUUAAUAAUAAUAGUCCCGUAUCGAACCGGGUUAUUAUAGUCACUCGUCGUUUCAAAGAAAAUCAACUAGGGUUCCAAAAUCCGAGCAGCUAUACAAGAUCAUUGCCAAGGCAUAAUCGCACUAAUCGAAGGAAGUAUGUCGUCUACAACGGUGUGCAACCAGGAGUUCCACCUUCAGGGCCGCCUCCUUCGAAUGUUUUGAGCUGGAUUUUAGCAGUAUCUAUAGCAGUAGUGAUACCUAUUGUCAAUUACAAAUGGGGACCAUUACUCAAAAAGAAAAUAGAAAGCGCGUUGCAGGUGACAGAAGAUGUGGUGGAAGCAGUGGAGAAAGUGGCGGCGGAAGUGGAGAAGGUGGCGGAGGACAUCGCCGAUGAUUUUCCGGAGGGCGGCAAAUUCAGAGAAGCUGUUGAUUUUGUCGAAAAAUUGGCUGAAACAACUGCAAAGGAUGCCGGAUUUCUUGAUGACUUUAUUGAUAAGGUUCAAGAAGAAGAGGACGAGGCAGAGUCCUUCGUUGAAUCUCUCAAGGAUGUUUCCGCGAGGUCAAAAACGAAGACCACCGAUCAAAAUAUUGAAGAAUUGCAAGAAAAGGAUGACACCAAGAAGAUUCAAGAGGAAUCAGUCAAACCCAGCAUAUAAUUUGUGGAAGCUUAUUCCAAUUUUAUUAAGAUUUCAAAGAUGUGUAUGAGAUUAAUAUAUUUGAUGUCGUAAGAAAUUAAAUGGAAAAGACCGUUUUGUCCUUUCCAACAUUCGGAUUUC